AUGCAAAGGGGUAAGGUGAAGCUAGAUGAGGAUCUACGUCCUGAUCGUGAGGAUGAUUUCCAAACAGAUGAUGAAGAAAAUCAGGCACAAAGGGUGUUUGAACAUUUGGAUGAUGAUACUGAUUCAGAUAAUUCACCUCCUUCACCAAGUUUGUCAAACGAUGUUUCCAUUAUCUCUUGGCCUCAAAGCUAUAGACAAUCUAUGGACAUGUUAACUAGUGCAACACCUCCUGGAAUUAAUUUGUUAAAGAGAUUUGGUUCAGUAGGGAGAGGAAAUUCUCCCAUUACAUCAUUCAAGAGAUCUCAAGAACACCAAGAGGAUUCUACCUUAUCUCUACCCCUUGUUUCUGACACAUGUGGAUUCAAACAAGAGAAUCGUCUUGCAUCAGCACCGCGCCUGCAACCACUUAGCAGUGCAAAAUUUUCUGUGGACGAAUUGCCACCGCCACAUGAACAAUGUUCAUAUACAAAAUCAGUAAUUAAUGGAACCAAUAUACUAUGUGGAAUAGGACUUCUUACCACUCCAUAUGCAAUAAAAGAAGGAGGGUUUCUGAGCCUUGCAAUACUUUUAAUGUUUGCUAUCAUGUGUUGUUAUACUGGGAUGCUACUAAUAAAAUGUUUAGAAAGCAAUGAUGGACUCAAAACCUACCCAGAUAUUGGCCAAGCUGCUUUUGGAAUUGUUGGUCGCUUGGGGAUUGCAAUCUUUCUAUACGUGGAACUUUUUGCUUCUUGUGUUGAGUAUAUAAUACUAGUCAGUGAUAACCUCUCCUCACUAUAUCCUAACACCCAGAUGAAAUUUGGUGGGAUUGAUUUGAAUUCUGAAGAAAUUUAUGCCAUCACAGCAGCAAUUAUUGUUCUACCAACAGUUUGGUUGCGAAAUCUAAGCUUACUUUCUUAUAUUUCAGUUGGAGGAAUAUUUGCAACAAUACUCGUUGCUCUUUGUUUGUUUUGGGUUGGGACAAUGGACCAGGUUGUUGGAUAUAAGCCAGGAAAAAAAAUUUUAGACUUGGCAAGCUUACCUGUCUCAGUUGGUCUCUAUAGUUUUUGCUUUGCUGGCCAUGCUGUUUUUCCUAACAUCUACUCUUCUAUGAAGGAACCAUCCAAAUUCCCAUCAGUGUUAUUUGUCUGCUUUGGCUUUUGCACUUUCAUGUACAUGAGUGUGGGAAUAAUGGGUUACUUAACAUUUGGUGACUUAGUUUCAUCUCAGUUUACCUUAAACAUGCCUAAAGAAUUAUAUGCAUCGGAGAUUGCAACUUGGACAACGGUUGUGACUCCAUUGGCAAAAUAUGCCUUAACGUUAUUGCCGAUUGCAUUGAGCAUAGAGGAACUAGCCACCUCUCCAAGACUAAGAUGCCAUGCUAUGUCCGUUCUUGUCAGAACAACUUUAGUGAUUUUAAGCUUACUUGUUGCUCUCUAUAUUCCAUAUUUUGGUUCUUUGAUGGCACUAAUUGGUUCUUUCUUGUCAAUACUAGUUGCACUUAUUUAUCCAUGUGCAUGUUUCCUCAAGUUACAUAGAGGGAGAUUAUCAAAUGCGGAGAUAACAAUUUGUGGUAUUAUAAUUGUUGUUGGGCUAAUAUCCGCUUGUAUGGGAACAUUGUCAGCUGUUUCAAAAAUAACUGGGGAAGGGGACUGA